AUGGAUUCAUCAGACAUCGUGGCCAUUGUGGCCCUGAUUGUCUCGGUCAUCGCUCUGAUCGGGACGAUCCUCCAGCUUCUGCAGCAAUACUUCUCCUCGGCUGAAGGUUACAAGAAUUGUGGUCAACAGGUCAUGGGCGACUGGUCCCUGACGAGGAAGAGGAGAUUUCGCGUGACGGAGCUCCGCUUCGAGACCCAGUUCGAGACGCCUGUCAUCUUCAUGUGCCCGCCCGACAACACGAGGGGCCCUCUGGGUGCCAAGGGACCCAACACGCCGCUCUGGCACAUCCAGGGCACGCCUGAGAGCGAGAGGGAUACUAAGACCCCGUCCGUGGAGAAGGAGAACGCAGACAAGAACAAGCUUAGGGGUUCCAAGAAGCUCAAUGAGGACGUACACACGGCAGACAACGAGCGCGCCAACUGGUACAUCCUGCUGCAGGCGCUACACGCCAUGGAGCGGGUCAGCCAGGGCUGGCAGGACGAGAAGCUGGCGGCUGACAAGACGGCCGUGGGUCCCAAACGCAUAGGGGAGCUUCCGGAGCAUGUCGCGCCCUGGCAGGAGCACUCGGUGGUGGCCGCCAUCCAGCCUAAGCGCAAGAGCUGGGACGUCAUGCCGUCCGAGAUAAAGAAGCCGUACGCCACGACAGCCAUGUGCCACAUGAUCGAGAUGGCGGCUAUGUUGGGCCUGCACUGGCGCGAGUUUGACCGGUCCCAGAACAAGUACCACGCCGAGGGCAACGGCUACCUGCUCACGGGCCACGAGGUGGACGACCUGGGCAUCAUGUUCACGUUCCAGAUCUAUGCGCAGAACGCAUUUGGGCAGCACCGCAUCAUCCCCAACGAAGAGAUCAAGCUGCUGGCUUUUGGCAACGUGUCGACUAUCUACCGGCCUGUGCCUCCAGGCGGCACGGGCAAGAUCCCUUAUGACAUCGAGGACCCUAAGAACACGGGCGUGCUCCAGUUUGGCAACACCACAGAGCUGGCGGAGUCCCUCACCCACUAUGGCUGCAACUCUAAGACGACCAACUACUUUCGCGACGACAAGAAGAAGCAUGGCCAUCUCUUCCCUGUUGUAUUUGAGGUUCUAGGCAUGGUGGCCAAAUCCGUCUACAUCCCCAACACAUACUACCGUUUCCUUCCCAACCCGACGACUUUCAGCUGGAACCGCAAGAACUUCUCCUUGCGCAAACUUCUUCUCGAGUUCCACAGGUCCCUCAAGGAGGACGAAAACUUGUCGCCGCUGACAGAGCACCUCCAAGCGGUCCUGGAUUGGAGCGAUGAGCUGGCCGCGCAUCUCAAGAACUGGCCCAACGAGGAUGACUUCUCGCUGGUUCUGCUGAGCUGCCUGCACCGGUCCAUCGAGCGGUGCGACAAGUACCUGGCCCCCGCUGACAACAAAGCCCGCGAGGCCAAGAGCAGGAUGGUCAAGCUUGUGGUGCGCGAGCACGUCCAAGAGGUCAUGAAGAUGCUCAACGAGCCCACCACCAACCACACCAACACCAACACCAGCAGCACACAUCCAGUAUCCCCUCGUGCCCAGUCCCAUCACGAGGACGAAGACUCGUCGUUGCUGUCGUCGUCCGCAGCGUUUGAAGACCUCAACUCGGCCGCGCCAGAGGUGCGCAACGCCAAGCUGAUGGAGAUCUACUUCACCACGGUGCUGCGCAACGUGAUGGUGAACUGCCCCGAGGUGCUCAAGAAGCGCACUACCACCCCAUACGUUCCUUCGGUGGCGUCGCGCACUGAUCUGACCUCCAUGGUGGGGGAGACAAACGCUGCCGACGACGACAGUAGCAGCAAUACCGACGUGUCGCCUGCGGCGCGGUCACAGACGCUGACGCUGUCUGUGCCGGGAGGACCGGGGACGCCCGGGGUAGAGGUAAGCGACAAGGUGCGCAGGUUGCAGGAGAGGCACCAAGAGGAGACGGCGGAUAUAUGGUGCACGCUUAUGUUCCGUAUGCUGUGCUGGUUGCUGCUGCAUGACUUUCACAAGAAGGACGUGCAGAUCAGCAAGAGUGAGCUGUACGGUAGCAGGCUGCCUGUAUACAUUGCAUAA